AUGACUCAGUUUUAUUCUGAUACCGUCGGUAUACCUAGAACUGAUCCGAAAAGAUGGAGGUUAAGAACUACUGAAUUGGGUAGAGAAGCUUGGGAGUAUAUUGAACAAGACAAGGUUGAUGCAGACCCGCAAUCCACAUUUGUUCAAUGGUUAUUACAAGAUGAGGAAUUCCCGACACCUUCACCAAGAAAAGAAGGUGAUGACUUAAGCUCUGAGCAAGCUUGUUAUUAUGGAGCAUCCUUCUAUAAGCUUCUUCAGGAUCAAAAGUCAGGUAUUUUCCCAUGCCAAUAUAAGGGGCCUAUGUUCAUGACAAUUGGGUAUGUUGCUGUCAAUUACAUUGCUGGCGUUAAAUUACCAGAGCAUGAGAGAAUCGAGCUAAUUAGGUACAUUGUUAACACUGCGCAUCCUGUUGAUGGUGGAUGGGGUCUUCACUCAGUUGACAAGUCUACUGUAUUUGGUACAGUCUUGAACUAUGUCUGUCUAAGGUUGUUGGGACUGCCAAAGGAUCAUAUAGUUUGUGUGAGAGCCAGACAUACUCUGCAUAGACUUGGAGGAGCUACUGGUGCACCACACUGGGGUAAGAUAUGGCUAAGCAUUUUGAACUUAUAUAAAUGGGAGGGUGUUAAUCCAGCUCCCCCUGAAACUUGGCUAUUACCUUACUCAUUGCCAAUUCAUCCCGGUAGAUGGUGGGUACACACAAGAGCUGUUUAUUUACCGGUAAGUUACCUUUCAUUGAUUAAGUACUCAUGUCCUUUAACUGACCUUCUUUCAGAGAUUAGGCAGGAGAUCUAUACAAAGUCAUUUGAUAAAAUAAACUUUUCUCAACACAGGAAUACUGUGUGUGGUGUGGAUUUGUACUAUCCACAUAGCAAAAUUCUGGACACUGCAAAUGAUGUCAUUGUAUUUUAUGAGAAGUAUUUACGUCCUAGACUUGUAUCGAUGGCAUCCAAGAAGGUAGUUUACAAUUUGAUCAAGAAAGAGAUACAAAAUACAGAUUCUCUAUGUAUUGCACCAGUUAAUCAAGCAUUUUGUGCAUUAGUGACUUAUUUAGAAGAAGGGAAAGAUUCAAAGGCUUUUGAACGAUUUCAGUAUAGAUUCAAAGAUGGCUUAUUCCAUGGCCCACAAGGUAUGACAGUAAUGGGUACCAAUGGUGUGCAAACUUGGGACUGUGCUUUUAUGAUACAAUAUUUCUUUGUUGCUGGCUUGGCUGAGAAACCGGAAUUUAGAGAAAUGAUAAUAAAUGCCUAUAAGUUUUUGUGUAGAUCACAGUUCGAUACAGAAUGUGUUGAAGGAAGUUUUAGAGACAAAAGAGUUGGUGCCUGGGGGUUCUCUACCAAGACCCAAGGCUAUACUGUGUCUGACUGUACUGCGGAAGCAAUAAAGGCAAUAAUUAUGGUGAGAAACUCUCCUGUAUUUUCCUCUGUACAUGAUGAGAUAACUGAUGAAAGGCUCUGUAAAGGUAUUGAUGUGUUAUUAAGUCUACAAAAUAUUGGUAAGUUUGAAUACGGUUCAUUUGCGACUUACGAAAAGAUCAAGGCUCCGCUUUCGAUGGAGAAAUUAAAUCCUGCAGAAGUAUUCGGGAACAUUAUGGUCGAGUACCCAUAUGUCGAGUGCACAGACUCGAGCGUUUUGGGUUUGACGUAUUUCCACAAAUAUUAUGAUUAUAGGAAGGACGAGAUAUCUCACAGAAUCAGGAUUGCCAUUGACUACAUUAAACAGGCACAACAAGAUGAUGGUGGGUGGUACGGCUGCUGGGGUAUUUGCUUCACAUAUGCCGGUAUGUUUGCCAUGGAGGCACUGCACUCUGUAGGAGAAACCUAUGAUAAUUCCUUGACAGUGAGAAAGGGCUGUGACUUCCUUUUGAGCAAACAGAUGCCUGAUGGUGGUUGGGGUGAAUCCAUGAAGUCCAGUGAGCUACAUGACUAUGUUGACAGUCCAAAGUCAUUGGUGGUGCAAACGGCAUGGGCUUUGAUCGCCCUGUUGUUGGCUAAGUGUCCAAAUGAAGACGCCAUUGAGAGGGGUAUCAACCUGCUAAAGUCCAGGCAGCAACCAUCAGGUGAAUGGAAGUUCGAGAGCGCGGAAGGUGUGUUCAACCACUCUUGCGCUAUCGAGUAUCCAAGCUAUAGGUUCCUCUUCCCAAUAAAAGCUCUGGGACUGUACAAUGGCAGAAACUACACCAACUCAUCUCAAAAUACACAAUAA